AUGAAGGGUGCUAUUGUUGUUGCCGCCACUGCGGCCAUGGCUGGCGGUGCCAAUGCCGUCAACCACGGGCAUGCUCACCAGGUCUUCGCUCACAAGAGAAACACUGACCUCUGUUCUACUUGGGUUACUACCAUCUGGGAGGAGACUGUUUACACCCUCACUCCUACCCAAGCACCAGAGCCAUCCACCACCCCCGCGGUUGUCAGUUCUAACUCUCCUGUCACCACGAGCAGCGCUGCUCCCGUGUCACCAACUUCCACUGUGAAGCUGCCCGUGCCAACACCGGAGCCCAUCACCUACGCUACUCCCGGCACUUACACCGUCCCUGCCACCACCGUUACUGUUAGCGAGACCACAACGGUCUGCGGUGCCAGCAGCACUCACGUGGUUCCCGGAACUCACACCGUCGGAGGAGUCACAACCGUCGUUGAGACUGCCACCACCAUCACUUGCCCCGUUGCUACCGCUACCACGAACAACGGUGUUGUGACCAGCAUCAUCACGAGCACCGAGUACGUCUGCCCCAGCGCUGGCACCUACACUGUUGCUCCCAUCACUACCACCGUCACCGAGGAGUGCGAUAUUCACUUCCCUGUCCCCACCUCGUAUGCUCCUGGUACCUACACUAUUCCUCAGCAAGUGGUCACCGUCACCGAGACCAACUAUGUCUACUACUGCCCCUACACCAGCUCCGGACUCCCUACCAGCUCCGUCAUUCCCGUGACCCUGUCUCCUACCAAGCCUAUUGAGGCACUCAAGCCAACCACCACUGCUCCUGCAUCCCAGUCCGAGGCCCCCAAGUCCGAGGCUUCCAAGUCUUCCGAUUCCCCCAAGCCUACCACUAGCUCUACGCCCAACACUAGCAAGCCUCCAUCCGGUGGUUUCGAUGGCAGCUUCGGCGGCAAGGGUAACCACUACGGUAUUACCUACACCCCUUACUACGGCGAGUCUGGUGACUGCAAGGAUGCCACUCAGGUGAAGAAGGAUCUUCAGGAAAUCAAGAACGAUGGCUUCAAUGUCAUCCGUGUCUACGGUACUGACUGUAACGCUCUUGAGACGAUUGGUCCUGCCUGCGAGGAGCUUGGUAUUCGCAUCAUUCUCGGCGUCUUCGUCAAGGGUGCCAGCUGCAGCUACGAGUCCAAGGAAAUCAAGGACCAGGUGGACGCAAUUGCCAACUGGAAGCAUCUUGGUCUCGUCGACCUCAUGGUCAUUGGUAACGAGGUCCUCAUGCAGGGUCUCUGCCAGCCCACUGAUCUCGCAAGCCUUGUCACCACCGCCAAGAGCAAGUGGUCUGGUUACAGUGGCCCCUUCACUAUCGCGGAGACCCUCAACAUCUGGGAGCGAUCUGAUGUGACCAGUGCUCUCUGCGGCGUCGUUGACUACACCGGUGCCAACAUCCACCCUUACUUCAACUCCCAGGUCACUCCCGCGACUGCUGGUGAGUUCGUCUCCGGUCAGCUUGACAUCCUUGACAGCAUCUGCAGUGGCAAGAAGGCUAUCAACCUGGAGUGUGGCUGGCCUGCUGAGGGUACCUGCAACGGUAGUGCCUGCCCUGGUAAGAAGGAGCAGCUUACCGCCCUCAAGUCUAUCCGUGAGUCCUGUGGUGACAGGACCGUCUUCUUCUCCUUCGAGAACGACAUGUGGAAGCAGCCUGGUUCUUGUGGCUGCGAGCAGAGCUGGGGCUGCAAGGAGUUCUUCAAGGGUCUCCUGUAA